AUGGGUUAUCGGAGAAUCUGUGGAGAUGUCCGUUUGCUCGAUUUUUCAGCUGAUCCUGUAAUAGAAGAAGUAUUGAAAGACAUUCCAGAGGACGUAACUUUCAUAACUUGUACAGUUGGAAACAGAGAAGUUUGGAAAGAUCCAAAGAACACUUUCCGUACUGAUCAAGAUCUGAAACUUAAAAGUGUUCCAACUUUGAUAAAAUGGAAAACUCCAAAGAAAUUGGAAGAAGAACAAUUAUUUGAUAAAGAGAUUGUAUCUAUGAUGUUUGAAGAUGAUUGAGGUAUUAACAAGUGAAUAUAUCUGUACAAUUAUAAAAUAUCUUUAUUUCUUUUCAUGAACAUGUAAUUGUAAUUUGACUAAAUAAUAAUUUUAUUAAUAAAAAGCAUGUAAACAUUUUGUAUAAUUUUAUUUUAUUUAAAUUUAUAAUAACUUAAUUGUAUUGAGAAUCUCUAAACUGAGUUGUGAUUUAAUUAAAAAAUAUAAUAUGUUGGAUUUUUGAUCAGAACAAGUGUCCAUUUUAACAAGUUUUUCUGUAAGAAGGGUUGAGAAGACCAUAACUCAUAUUGCAUCAAAUAGCAUUCAGAAUACAGUACUUUACAUCAAUUCUAUAUGAAAUACUGUAAUAUAUACCAAGUGGCCAAUUUAUUAUGACCAUCUACUCAGUACAUUGUUGGGCCACUCUUUGCUCACAAUACUGCUGCAAUUAUUUUUGGCAUGGACUCUACAAGAUGAUGGUAAGUUGCUGGAGGAAUAUGAUACCAUAUCUGAUAACUUGCAUGAAUGGUUGUGUAUCAGCUGCCUGAAGACCUUUUUGACCUCAUCCCACAAAUGCUCAAUUGGAUUGAGAUCUUGGGAUUAUGGAAGUCAACUAAGAUCAGCUGUAAUAUGAUGUACUGUGCACUUCUGUUAGACUGGACAAGUCUGGCAAUUCUCCUUUCAGCUCAAGCAACUAGGAAUCAAGGAUGACCACAUGCCUUACAUUGAAAUCCGCUUUUUUGUUUGGUUGACCAUUCUUUGUACACCUGUACAACAGCUGCUCAUGAACACUUCACAAACAAAGCAGUUUUGUUGAUACUCGUUCAAAGCUGUUAGAACCCAAAAUCAUUCCACGUUCAAAGUCUGUUAAAUCACAUCUUUUACCCAUAUCUUCAAAUGCAAUUCCCUACAACUGCCUGUACAAUCCAGCAAUUCCUUUUUAUACCAAUCUCAUUUUCUAAUGACAACAGAGUGCUAUCAUAGCUGAUUUGUGUAAACUUUGCAGGUGGUCAUAAUAAAUUGGCCACUCAAUUAUAUCUUGAUAUAACAUUAAUAUAUUAGAUUAACUGAGUUAUGCUUUUGUAUGAGAAGAAGCAUUAAAUUCUGUCCCAAUAGAGAAGUAUCUGAGAAAUAUUAAUAAGUACGGUAUUACAAUUUUUACAUAUAGUGACGCUUUUAACAAGAACUUCUGUCAACAAAUUCCAUUUAUGCUGACAGACUUAGAUACAAAGGGAGAUCAGCAGAAUCAUUUGGAUAGAGCUCCAGACAGCAGUCUCAAGAUAAGAAAUAUAAGAAUGUAUGAGUAAUAAAAGAAAUAAGAUAUAAAAAUUUGUUAAUUUUAUCAAUGAUCAUAUAUUUUCACAACUUUUUGGAGAGGACACUAUCUUGCCUUUAUCAGUCCUUUUACAGUGAUGAAUAUGAUGAAUUAGUCUCUCCAAUAGAAUAGAUAGUUCUGGUAGAAAAGUUCCAAUAGAUAAUUAUCUAUUGGAACUUUUGGAGAGACUAAUUCUAUUCUAUAAAUGACGACAAAAAGUUUUAUGAUUAAUUUUUGGCUAAAAUUUGUUUUUAUUUUUCAGAAACUUAAAUUUUUUAAUGUAUUUUUUUCACUAUAUUUUAACUAAAGUUUA